AUGGGGAGGUCCCGAGCCGUGUGCGAGUACUGCAACAAGUCGUUCGAGGACUCGCACGACGCGCGGCAGCGCCACAAUCGCGGACGCAACCACAAGGCCAAUGUCAAGCUCUGGUACGACAGUUUUGCAGACCAAGAACGACGUGUAGCCAAUGCGACAUCAGGAAGCUCUGAGCACACGCCACAAACGACCAGUCAACAUUUGGCUGCAUGGGCGCCAGGAACACCGAUGUCAGCAGCUCUGUAUCAAGAGCCAACAGUUGUGACGCAACCUCUUCCGCCGUCAAUGUACCCAGCUCCGCCCGGCGCCUUGUACAACUGCCGGUCCGAUUGGGGUUGA